CAUCACCACACCCGUCACCGCGACACUUCAAAAAAAGGUCGAGAACCACGUACCGGGGGUAUCACGGGUGUCCCCGUAAAUCCGUACUGCUCUCCUGCGAAAGCAAAAGAAAAGAAAAAGAUCCGGCUGCAAUCCGCUCGUUUGUGCGACGUUUUCCGUGCAGUGGAAGUGAUUUUCUUUCGCGUUCACUUGCGUCCCGUGUGACGAAACGAAACGAACCGUUCGGUAAACACAAUACAGACACACAGACACACACAGCAGAGAGAGCCCCCCGUGUUGUGUAAAAGACCGUGUCGAUACGUGCGUGCGUGUGUGAUUACUGUUGACGUUGAUUUGUUCCUUCGGUCGUUCCCCCUCCCCCCGCUCCCUCCUUUCGUCAUCGAUUGCACCAGAAGUGUCCGCAAAAGGAGCGAAGUAAAGGAAAGAGUGAAGUGACCAACAAUCACCGAAAAAGGUGCGUGCGUGUGUGUAGGUGCCGAAAUAAGGAGAAGAAAAAAAACACACACACACACGACCGAACAUGACUCAUCAAGGCUGCCUUCGCUGAUUGCGAGAGCGCUCGUUGUUGUUGUUGUUGCUGUUGGCCCCGUUCCGUUCCGGUGCGACGGUGUUUGGGCAGAUAGGCCGCUAUCGCAAGAAGAGUUCCCGUCACGCCACCCCUGCCCCUUAUCUAAACUGUCGGUUUGCCGUCUUAUCAUACCGCAAAUCCAAACCCUAACAGCAGCAGCAGCAGCCUCUAAGGAAGUGCGUUGUGGGACGAAGGGAGGACGGAGGCGUGCGGAUACCCGAUUGCAGUGAGAGAGAAGGCCGUUUGGUUUUUACCUUGGUGCGUUCCAACAUUCAAAACAUACAUACAUAGACACACGCACACACAAACACAUACAGAGGCGCGCGCGCACCGAAGUGGGAAGUCUGCGGCAUUUGCGGUGGCUGGAAAAAUUUACACAUCACACGUAACACAGCCGACGAGCACCGCAGCCGGACGGACGGUGGGAUCGUUCCGUUGGCAGCAGCUGCAGCAGCAAAUACCACCAUCGAAAACCACACCGACACACACACACACACACACAGACACAUUGACGGUGAUAUUUGGCCGUGUGCUGUGGCUGGUCAUCAUAAAGUCGUACGGCAGCGCCAGACGGCAGCCAGACGUUGGCGCCCGCGCGGAAUCGACGGGUGCGGCGGUUGCGAACCGGGGGACGGUCCCCGAUAUCUAAAUAAAUCUCGUGUUUGUGUGGUGUGGCUGUGUGGUUGUGCUGUGCACACAACCUCCCCCUCCCAGCAAGAGGACGGUUCGGUCGCAUCGGGCAGGCACAGGACAGGCGGCGCACGGUACUGCAUUUUUUCGGCGGCUGUGAGAGUGUGAGCGUGCAAGCGAGCGCGAGUGAGCGAGUGAGCGAGCGAGGUGAGCGAGUGUGUUUGUCUGCUCACGUACACAACACAGCCGGAGGGAAGGGGAAGGUACGUUCCAAAGGCCCUCUUCUGCCGUCGCACGUCCGUACGCCAGCGGCCCGCGGAACCGUUCCGUUCCGUUCGGUGACAUUUCACAUUCAUACCGCUCGUUGCCUGUUGCUCACGCGCCCUUCCCUCCGCCCUUUGGUGGAAUGGCAACCGGAGGCAGUGGUGGAGUGGGCGGAGGCGCCAGCAGCAGUGCGCUCGGUGCGAUGGCAGCGGCCGUGCAGUCGGUCGCGGCCGCCGCCAGCCCGUCCGCGUCCGCGUCGUCGGCGAAUCUGGCCCCGCCGCCGCAGCCCAUCACACCGUGGCCGAACAGUCGAGACGAUUACGAGCUGAACGAUGUGAUCGGGGUCGGUGCGACCGCCGUCGUGCACAACGCGUACUGCCUGCCGCGCAAGGAAAAGUGCGCCAUCAAGCGCAUCAACCUGGAGAAGUGGAACACGUCGAUGGACGAGCUGCUGAAGGAGAUACAGGCGAUGAGCAGCUGCAACCAUGAGAACGUCGUCACGUACCACACCAGCUUCGUGGUGAAGGAGGAGCUGUGGCUGAUACUGCGGCUGCUCGAGGGGGGCAGCCUGCUCGACAUCAUCAAGCACCGGAUGCGGACGGUCAACUGCCGGCACGGCGUGUUCGACGAGCCGACGAUCGCGACCGUGCUGAAGGAGGUGCUGAAGGGGCUGGAGUACUUCCACAGCAAUGGGCAGAUCCACCGGGACAUCAAGGCGGGCAACAUACUGCUCGGCGACGACGGCACGGUACAGAUAGCGGACUUCGGCGUGAGCGCGUGGCUCGCGACCGGGGGCGACCUGUCCCGGCAGAAGGUGCGCCACACGUUCGUCGGCACGCCGUGCUGGAUGGCGCCGGAGGUGAUGGAGCAGGACCACGGGUACGACUUCAAGGCGGACAUCUGGUCGUUCGGCAUUACCGCGAUCGAGAUGGCGACCGGGACGGCGCCGUACCACAAGUACCCGCCGAUGAAGGUGCUGAUGCUGACGCUGCAGAACGAUCCGCCGACGAUCGAUACCGGGGCGGAAGAGAAGGACCAGUACAAGGCGUACGGCAAGACGUUCCGCAAGCUGAUCGGCGAAUGCUUGCAGAAGGAACCGACCAAGCGUCCGACCGCGAGCGAGCUGCUGAAGCAUCCGUUCUUCAAGAAGGCGAAGGACCGGAAGUACCUGACGCAGACGCUGCUCGCGACCGGCCCGUCGAUGGAGACGCGCGUGCACAAGGCGGCGAAGCGGCAGGCGGGCGCGUCCGGCCGGCUGCACCGCUCGAUGACGGGCGAGUGGGUGUGGUCGAGCGAGGAGGAGGACAACGGGAAGAACGAUUCGGACGACUCGGAGACGGACGAGCGGCCGAUGAACCGGCUCGAGCGGAUGGACUCGUCCUCGUCCGAGACGGAGGACACGUCCGAGCGGUCCGGCGUCACCGUGACCGGGUCGACCACCCAGCCGACCGAUCCGAAAACGCUCGAAGCGACGGCGGCCGCGGUCGGCGCCAUGUCGCUCGGCGCGAUGGUACCGGUCAACCUGGUGCUGCGGAUGCGCAACGCGAACCGCGAGCUGAACGACAUCCAGUUCGAGUUCGUCGUCGGCAAGGACUCGGCGGAGGACAUUGCGGCCGAGCUGGUCGGGGCCGGGCUGCUGGACGAGCUGGACGUCGCGAUCAUGUCCGCCAACCUGCAGAAGCUGAUCGACCACCGGGGCACGGUGCGGACGGUAACGUUUCAGCUGCGGUCGGGCUGUGCGCCCGGCGAGCAGCUCGACGAGAAGUCGCUCGUCGGCUUCGCGCAGAUUUCGAUCAAGUGAGCGGUGUGUCUGUGUGUUGUGUGGGGAAGAUCAGCACCACAGCUGGAGCAUGUGCACCAGGGCGCUUCUGUCGCUUCCUUUAUUUUCGUUUUUGUUUGUGUUGUGUUGCUCGGCGCUUCGAAUCAACCGUCAUCCCGGCACCACACUGUUCUACACUUUCUUACCGAACUGUACCCGAAUUCAAUUCGCAAAACGCAUAGAUUUCGUCCCGCUUUUCCCACCGGGGAAGCAACGCAGGGAAACUCUGUUCAAAAACUUAAUGCGCGCGCGCGCGCGUCCGCCCGCGCGUGCUUGUGUUAUUUCUUUUGGCAUGUCCAACAAGAAAUUCAGCUUUUAGACUGUGAGUGCGAGACGGCCGACCGGAAGGGAGAGAUAGAGAGAGAGAGAGAGAGAGAGAGAGGAAGCAAUCGAGGGUAAACAAAACGACCACUAGUAGGUUAGUAGGCGGUAGUAAUAAUAGUAGUAAACGGUAGCAGCUGCUACAGCAGAAGCAUUAGUUUUUAGCAUCGACACGGGGGAGUGCGCCAACACAAGAAGAGGUAGUAGUAACACGCAAAAGCCCCGGGCCAAAAGCAAAAAACACAAAGUGAGAGCGCCGUGAUAGACGAUAGCAAAUGUAUCUACAAGUUUGGCGCUUCAUUAACGCACCCGACACGUUCUUGUUUUUCCCCACUUUUGUUUCCGUGCACGAACGUACGAACUUGUUGGCCCAUAGACUUGUUGGCAAGCAAGAACGAAACGAAAAACCGAAAACCGAAAAGGCUUACUAGAGGCGCAGAAAAACAAAAAAAAAAACGUGCAGGAAAAAUGAAACAUGUCUCUAAAUAUACAUCUCCAGCCGUCAUCCGCGUCCCCACCACGGCAUUAGAUGAGGAGGGAAAGUAUCAUACGCGAUUAACAUCAGAAGGCACCUUGUCCUUGAUGCGAGGGCAGGCACGAUAUAAACAGAGAGAGAGAGAGAGAGAGAGAGAGAGAGAGAGAGAGAGAGAGAGAGAGGAACACCGCGCCCUCCCGUAUGCCUUGCUGUAGUAGUAAGGUGAACGAAUAGUAUAUACACCUGUGUAGCGUCUGUGUGUGUACAUAUAUUUAAAAGAAAAAGAAAGGUUGAAUGUAUUUACUUUGUUAAUCGUUUGCUUAUUACAUGGUCAACAUAUUUAGCCACCAUACAAACAAACACGAAAAAGAAAGAUAACGAAAAGGGGAGUGUAAAAGCAGCCGUUUGUCAGCGGAAAGGAAGGAAGGGUGUGGGAGUUAGUGUGGGAAAACAAAAAUAUGGUUGCAUACUAGCGUUUUAGUGGUUGUUUGGUUUUUUUAAACGUGUGGAUACAAUGUUUCUUCACAGCAGCACUUACAAACAAAACUCCGGUGGACUUGGUGGAAGAGUUGUAUGGUAAAAGUGUUGCUUUCCGAUUGAAUAUAAAUAAACCGAGACAUACAGACGCCAUUAGAAACUCCUUGUAGAAGUACUAUUUCAAAUUAAAAUAAAAAUACAACGGCCACAACAUCACCCAUCCAAAUUACCGCGCGGAGGAAACGGAAGUAUCUAAAACAAAAAAUCAAGGGCGCCGAUCGCAGCAUAACCGAUGCAUGCAAUAAAAAAAAGCUAGGUAUAUUAGUAAACUGCGUAUGCAAACCGGCCACACUGUAUUUCAUUUUUAGUGGAAUUGAGCUUUAAAAAAGCCGUAAUGUUAUAAUAUCCGCCAGAUCAGCACAGAAGCAAAAGGAAGUAAAAAAAAAAGAACAAACCAAAACCCAGGCCAGUGUAUGUGUGUAACCUGUAACCCCUGCGUAACAGUUUUGGGAUGCUUUUGGGUUGGUUUUUCUUCUUCUUGUCUUGCGUGAAACACGUGUUUAGUUUUGACUGAUAAAAGCAAAAAAAAAAUGAAAGUAUAGUUUUGAGCAGUAGCGUUUAUGAAGUUGCAAGUUACUUGAAAUGAAAGCAGCAGAUCAGAGCGGAUAUGCAAUGAACGAUGGAGAGAACCCCGUAUCAAAGUUAAGCAAAAUAAAGUAUAUCGCUGCACAAAAGUGUA